AUGCCUCUGGGGGAGCCACAGGAGCAGAUCUUGGGGAUGGUGAAGGCUGCAGGAGACAUCAUGGCUAGGAUGCAGAAGGAAGAGAGUCUGGAGGUACCAAAGGGCACUAAGCCACAUGUGUUGCCAGAGGCCUCCCAGUCUCAAGCAGAGGCACUUAUUGACAGCCAGGCGCCCAACCCCAAAGUCCAGGCAUUAUCAUCAUCCUCAGCAGCAGCGGGGAACGUGAAUCUCCGCCAGUCACAGAAGAGGGACCUGAUCAGGAGCAUGGGCAGGGGUAGCAGAGGUACAGGUAACUGGGAUGUGAGCUCUGACACAGCCAGGCUCUCCAUAGGCCGGGGCAGCGCGCGGCGGAGAGGUCUGAAGGAGGUUCUGCUGCAGAGCAGUGGAGGCGAGGGAGCUAUGUGGCUUGCAACUGCUCAGAAGAUAGCCAGCAGCAGCAGCCCUGCUGUGGGGAUGCAACAAGAGCUGGAGCAGAGGUUGGAACAGAGCCCUGAGGACUUGUCCUUAGCCCUAGACCCCCUCGAGCAUGAGUGGAUGCUGACUGUGGCCCAGGGGGACCCUGAGAGCAUUGUGAGGUUGCUAGACAUGGAUCCCAGCCUGCUGAACAGGAGAGAUUUUGUGACAGGGUUCACUGCCCUCCACUGGCUGGCCAAGCAUGGCCGCCAUGAGGCCCUGAUCGAGGUGAUCACCUGUGCAGAGAAGAAGGGCUACCGUGCAGAUGUCAACAUUCCCACAGCCAGCGGUGGGCUGACACCCCUGCAUCUGGCUGCCCUGCAGGGACACGAGAUGGUCAUCAAGGUGUUGGUGGGAGCCUACGGUGCCAACACAAGCCUGCGGGACCACAGCGGCCACAAAGCCUGGCAGUACCUGAGAGCAGAUGCCUCCAGGGAGCUGAAGGAGCUGUCAGGGGCUUUAGAGGAAGACCUGGCCCAGCUUGGUGUGUGGAACACCAACAACAACUGCAUGUCGUCCAGAGAGGCUGGUGGCUCUGGUGCUGAACGGAGGACCCAGGUGUUCACCAGACUGCCAUCCUUCAGGAGCAUGUUCAGACAGGCACUUUCAUUCUUCCAAGACCUUUAA